GCCUCCUUCCCUACUUGCUACAGAAAUUCCUAAUUUCCUUCUAGCCCUAGCUGUGGGUGGCCACAUGCUGUGGAGAAGAAAGUCCUUCUGGCUGGCAUUGUCAGCCUUCUGGCUCCUCCUCAUCCUCCUAGGAGUCUUCCCCCUUCGCCUGGCAGUGUCUCCCCGUCCUCUUCCAGGGCGCUCCCAAGGUUGGCCCCGCUGGCUGGAUGCUACCUUCCUACAGAGUUUCUCCCAGCCUGAGACGAACCCCGAAGAAGAUGUUCAACAGCUCCCUCGAGUCUCCCGGGGGAGCAGCUGCACCUGGGGAGCCUGCUUUGACACCUCCAAAUGUAGGGGGAAAGUCCUCAAGAUCUUUGUACACUCCGCGGCUGGUCCGACCACUGAGGCUCAGCGCAGGAUCCUGGACUCCUUGGAGGGCUCCCGCUACUAUGCACUCAGCCCAGCGGAGGCUUGCCUUCUCCUCUUUCUCCCCAGCCAGGACCGUAGAGGAGCAUGCGGGCCCCUGCCUCCGAACUGGAACGGAGGCCGGAACCAUCUGGUGCUCAGUCUCUACCCAGCCCCUUGCACCAGGCUGGGACAGGCGAUGGUAGCUGAGGCUAGCCCCUCCUUGGACAUCUUCCGACCAGGCUUCGAUGUAGCGCUCCCGUAUCUCCCUGAAGCUCACCCAUUGAAAGGCGGGGCCCCUGGCAGCCUGCAGCGGCACGGUCCCCAGCCUGGGGCCACCUUAGUGGCGGUAGCAGAGGAGAGGGGCAGGUGGCGUAUUACAACCACCCACGCCUCAGCCUGCCCCUGGGACAGGAACUGUGAACAAGAUCCUGGACCCCAACAGACCUACCCAGGAGAGAUACUUCCCAAUGUCACCUUCUGCCUCAUUCCUGGCCACCGAUCUGCUACCUCCUGCUUUCUCCAAGCCCUUCAGGCUGGCUGCAUCCCUGUGCUCCUCAGCCCCCGCUGGGAGCUGCCUUUCUCUGAAGUCAUCGACUGGACCAAAGCAGCCAUCGUUGCGGAUGAGAGGCUCCCACUGCAGGUUCUGGCUGCGCUCCGUGAAAUGCUCCCUUCGCGGGUUCUCGCCCUGCGCCAGCAGACCCAGUUUCUGUGGACCGCUUACUUCUCCUCAGUGGAAAAAGUCGUUCAUACCACCCUAGAGAUCAUUCAGGACCGGAUCUGGGGUGCAUCAGCUCACCCCUCACUGAUGUGGAAUAGCCCCCCGGGGGCACUCCUGGCUCUGCCCACUUUUUCCACGAGCCUUCAAGACUUCCCCUUUUAUCAUCUGCAACUGGGCUCCAGCCCUGGGAGCAGUUUCAGCGCCGUGAUCUGGGUGGGCGUCUCCGAAGAGUCCCCGCCGAAGCUCAUCCAGGAAGUGGCAGGUUCCCGGCACUGUGCCCAGAUCCUGAUCCUCUGGAACAGUGAGAAGCCACCCCCUGAUAGGUGGCCCAAGACAGCAGUGCCCCUAACAGUCAUUGAGGGACACAGGAAGGUCAGCGACCGUUUCUUCCUGUACAGCAACAUCAGCACCAAUGUCAUCCUCAGCCUUGAUGCUCAGAGCACUCUUUCUACCAGUGAGGUGGACUUUGCCUUUGUGGUGUGGCAGAGUUUUCCUGAGCGGAUGGUGGGCUUUGUGACGUGGAGCCACUUCUGGGAUGAGGCCCGGCAGGGCUGGGGCUACAGUGCUGAGAUGGCCAAUGAAUUCUCCAUGGUCCUGACCACCGCGGCUUUCUACCACAGAUACUACCACACCCUCUUCACUCACUCCCUGCCUAAAGCCCUGAGGAGCAUAGCCGAUGAGACUCCCACCUGUGUUGACAUCCUGAUGAACUUCCUGGUAGCAACCGUCACCAAACUGCCCCCUAUCAAGGUGCCUUACAGCAGGCAGCACCAGGAGGCUGCACCAAUGGCUUCUGAGGGUCCAAGACCCGUGCCGGAGCCUCAGGCCCUGGAUCAGGACUGCAUCAACCGUUUAGCAGCAGGGCUGGGCCACAUGCCUCUGGUUUCCUCUCGAGUGCGUCUGGAUCCGGUGCUGUUCAAGGACCCGGUAUCAGUGCAACGCAAGAAGUAUCGCAGUUUAGAGAAACCCUAGGCGAGUCGCUCUAACUGCCUGCUGGACACGAGACAGAUCAAAGUCCUGUCCUGGUUGGCCAAUCACAAUAGGGAUUGCUGAGGGCCGGGAACCCGGACCUUCCCCGGCUGCGGUGGGGUUGCGUUUGGCACGUUUCGUACAGGCCGGUGUACAGGAUGGUGCACAGGCUCAUCUUGUUCCCCGAAAUGGCUUUCUCUGCAUCUCUGCCUGGUCCACAUCUGACCCGCACUCACCUCCUUGGUGGUCUCGAAGUCCUCGCACGAUUCCCGCCCAGUGGCCUUGAGCACACCACCCGGCCCCAGGACCCGCCUGGGAGCUCCGGAGAACGGGUCCUGCCCUCCUCUCUUUGGUCUGGCAGGUGCAUUGUGCGUAUUUGAGCAAUGGCUGCGAGAGUAUUAACUGGUUGCCAGCGUGGGGGAACACGGGCAGAAUGUGCACUAGACAAUACGCUGUCCCUUACCCUGGAGUCAACGUAGAAUGCAGUCACCAGGAUUGCCAGGAUCAAUCAAGAGUGAACAGAGGUCAGGAGUCCGGGAUAACCAGAGGAUUGGGUGUUGCGUGCCAGCUUCACGGCAGACGCCGAAUCUUGGGUGACCAGCAGCAUUGCACUACCAAUAUUGACCACUAGAGGUCAGCUGCUGCACUUCUCUCCCUCCAAAGGAAUGAAGUUUGGUUUUGCUUUCUUUAUAGUUUGUUAUUGCUUUUGUUUGUUUGUUUUUGUUUUUGUUUUUCAAGUAAGGGUUUCUCUGGGUAGUCUUGGCUGUCCUGGAACUCACUCUGUAUGCCAGGUUGGCCUCAAAUUCACAGAGAUCCACCUGCCGUUCGCUUCCUGAGUGCUGAGAUUAAAUUCAUGCACUACACUCCCCGACUGCUUCUUGAAUUUAGAGGGUCGGGAGGGGGGAGGAGGCGAGACAAGGUCCGAGUCUGUAACCCACUCUGGCCUGGAACUCUACAGCAGUCUUAUUGCCUCAGUUUUCCAAGUGUUAGAGUUACAGGGGUGAGCCACAGUGCCAGACUGAAAUGGAGUUAAAGACUACCGAUAAAAUGGGGCACUGGUGUGUGCAGACCCUAGUAUGAGAACCUGGGAGGAAUAUGACAGAACUCCACUUUGACCCAAACACUUGGAGCUCGGGUUGUUGGCAGAUGGGCUGGUCCUGAGGAAGAGAGCUGUCCUCAGCGUCCUGUAGGUGAGAGUGGAGUGGGGGAGGGGAGGCUGCUUUUCCUGGGUUCAUCCACCUGGAACUGGAAUUAUCGCUUCCGAAAUAAAGCACGUGUCCUUGCCCACUC